AUGCGGUCAUCCUCUUUGGCGCUCCUCGCCACCUUGGCCUCGCCACUUUUGCUAGCCAGCACUGCUACUGCCGAUGUCAACCUCAGCCCCGCCCCCAAUGUCGCACAAGCAGGUUCCUCUGUCUCCAAUACUAUCAACCCUUCCUAUGCCGGUUUCGGUAUCGAGCCAACAGAUAUCCUCGUCUACACCGGCACAACAUCACGCAAUCAGCUUACCUUUAACCUCCUCAGUAACCUUGCAAACUACACAAGUGCGCCUCCUCACAUUCGUGUUGGUGGCAAUGCUGGCGACACCAUGAUCUACGACCAGUCCCUCUCGGGCUACGAGUUGCAACAGAACCGCAAUCCCAUUGGUGCUGGCAAUGCAAGGCCCUCCGAUUACUUGAUCUUUGGUCCUGACUUUUUUCGUGCUUUCAACCACUUGCCAGCUGGAACUCCGAUCACAUAUGGUCUCAACCUUGCUUACCAGGGUCCAGAUGCUUUCCAGCGCAUCACUGACCAGGCCAACGCUGCGUUUGAGUAUGUCGGAACCAACUCCACCGGCGCCAGGAUCGUCAGUCUCGAGAUCGGCAACGAGCCUGAUCUCUACAUCCAUCUCGGUUACCGUAGCCAAGACUGGACCCCGACCGACUUUGGAAAUGAGUGGGCUUCCCGUGCUCAGGCAGUUUACAACUCUACCCUUAAGAGCAGAGGCUUCAGCUCUAACUUUUUCGAAGUCGCUGCUACUGCCACCACUGCCACCAAGAAUGGUCAACCUUUCCGCAUCGCCAACCUCGUCGGUAACGCAGCCGGUGUCGCGAUCGACAACGGCAUCUACGUCGCCGGAUGGAAUCAGCAUGACUACUACUACUAUCUCAAUGUCUCCAACUAUCAGCUUACUCUUUCUACCCUUCUCGAUCUCUCCACGACCGCUAGCCAGUUUCGUGAGUGGGCUGCUCAGGUGGAUCAGGCCAUCCUUACUGGCAAGCCUUACUUUCUUCGCGAAAUGGGUAGUGUUGGUCCCAACGGUAUCCAGGGUAUUAGUGAGACCUUUGCUAAUGCUCUUUGGACUCUCAACUUUUUCUUCUACGCAGCAAGUAUCAAGGUCGAUAGUGUCCAGAUGCACAUGACCCAAUAUUCCCUUGCUGCUCCUUGGCAGUGCAACUACUUGAAUGGUACAGCUCCUCACGUCCGUCCCACCUACUAUGCUUGGGCUGCAUGGGCACAGAUCAUCGGACCCACCUGCGAUUCCAAAAUUGCUUCCAUUUCCUUGAGUAAUCAGCCUGCCUCCUACAGUAACCGACUUGCUGCCUAUGGUGUCUAUCGCGCAGACUCUCUCACUUCAAUAGUCAUGCUUAAUACACAGCCAUACUAUGCAUACAGUGGCAAGCCGAGCUAUCAGAUCUUUCUACUCAGCUUGCCUUUUCUAGCAGGUCAAACUGUAUAUCUCUCCACUCUCUAUGCUGAAGCUGUCGACUCUAAAGCCAACGUCACAUGGAAUGGCAUCAGUUAUGAGUCUAGCGCCAAUGGUCGGCCUAGCACAGUCAAUGCUACUCAAUGGACUAUGAUCGUUGGUGUUGACGGCUCUCUUAGCGUUCCUGUUCGUGAUAGUCAGGUGGUUGUAGUCAGUACCGCACAACUUGGUCGUGAACAAGUCAACUUGGCUAAAUGCCAGUUGCUUAAGUCUACCGGUACUAUUGCUGGCACUGCUACUGGUAUCCGAAGCAAUUCUGCAAGUAGUGCUCCUCCGACUUUCAAAGCUACCACUGGUUUCAAGUCGGACAAGCGACUCAGUAGGAAUGUCAUUAUUGCUAUUGCUGCUGGAGGCGGUGCAUUUUUGCUACUGAUCCUUGCUCUCAUUAUCUGGUGCUGUGUCCGCUCUUGUAAGAGGAGCAAUGCUCGCAAUGCUCGCAAAACUGCUAUCCUCAAGGCACCUCGUUAUGAUCACCGCCCGUUGUUGGGAAAGCAUGUUGUUCAUGAGGCUUUUCACUCGUAUCCUGCAUACCACAACUCACCUGCAAUGCCUGCCAGUGAUAGCCCUAUGACUUUAGUCCAUGCGAAACACUUUCAUCAUUCUCAACCCUAUCACAGCGUUCAGCCUGUAUUCGAAUCCACUGCUGCUGUCGAUCAACACUACCGCUCCAACUCGCAUGCUUCACCGGCACAUUCACUGGCACCUUCAAACCAGUUCCUGCACAAGACUUAUCAGAAUCGUCCUACCACUUCAAAUGCUCAUCCUCAUGCAUACUAG